AUGUAUAUUUUAGCUACAGUCCCAUCUUGCAAUGAAUCCUUGACUACUAGCAGGUAGCAGCUGCACAAGUGGCCACGCAGCGCUUCUGCUUUUGCUUCCGCUUUACAAAUUACAAGGCAAGUCAGUGUUCUCCCAACUUUUGCAAUGGAAGCAGAGUUGGAUACCGAGCCCCAGCAGUUGAUGGAACCAAGUUAUUCCCAAACUAUGGAAAUUGAUCCCAGAAGAGCUCGGUUUCCGUGUUCCAUUGUGUGGUCACCACUUCCUGUGAUCUCAUGGUUCAUUCCUUUCAUUGGUCACAUUGGCAUCUGUAGAGAGGAUGGAGUGAUAUUGGAUUUUGCGGGGCCUAAUUUUGUGUGUGUAGACAAUUUUGCUUUUGGAUCUGCCACUCGCUAUCUUCAAAUUCCCAAAGAAAAGUGUUGCAUUCCUUUAGGCCAGUCUGCGUACAAUAGUGAGGAAUGCUACAUGCAGGAUGAAACUAGAGAAGACUUGAGGACCUGGGAUGAUGCCCUACGGAAGAGCACUCAAGAAUUCCAACAUCGAUCUUACAAUCUCUUUACCUGCAACUGUCACUCGUUUGUUGCAAAUAAUUUAAACAGGUUGGGCUUCCUAUCUGGCAGAUGGAACGUAGUGAACCUUGCAAUUUUCAUUUUCUUUAAUGGACGUUGGGUCAGCAAAGCAUCUAUGCUUCGGUCUAUCAUACCAUUUGUGGUUGUAUUUUUUCUUGGAGUCACAUUUGGGGGCUUCACCUUCCUAAAGUUCUGGUUCUUCUUCACUUCCAUUCUUAUUGGUUGGUUCCUUCUUGGUACUUACUGUUUCAAGAAUCUGAUUCAGUUGUAAUAGUUUCUCUUGCUGGUACAUGUUCUACUUUGUAUAAAACAGGCUACAUUCGAAGUUGGUGAAACAUAACCAUAUUCUAUGUAUUCAGAUGAUUUUUGUUGUUAAAGGAGCUGAAAAACCGGUGCAAAAGACCUGCCGCGUAAAACACAAAUGUUCGCCACCAUCUUACAUGCAUAUACGACUAUGAACACGCUUUCUGCCAGC